UUACUUCCGGUCCCUGUUUGGCGUGAGGCCGGGACGCUUUUCCCAGGCGGACCGAGGGCUGCUCGCUGCCGCGGGGCUUGCCGGGUGGCGCGGUGCACGCCGGGAGAAGAUGGACUCGCACGCGCUGUUCCGCCGCCUGGGCGCGGGCGCGCGCUUCGACGUGAAGCGCUUCAGCCGCGACGCGCGGCGCUUCGGGGUGGUGAAAGACCCCGGCCCGAGCUCGGCGCCCCCCGCCAGCCUGGACUUCUUCGGCCCCCACGAGACGGGGCCCCCGAGUGCCCCCGGGACGGACGGCGCCGCAGCCGGGACGCCUGCCGUGGAGCCACUAGGGCUGGAAAGGAAGAGAACGAGACAAGGUGAGAGCUCCCGGGGGAAGAAAAAGAAGAAAACUUCAGAAAUUAUUUCCACAUCGGAGCUUCCUGAAAAUGAUGGGAUAUUGUGGAUGUCCUCGUUGGAAGCAAAGCUUAAAAAUGCAAGAGAAACGGGAGAAAAGAAACCCACCGCAGAAAAACUGGAACAGCUCAGACAGGAAAAGAUAAACCAUUUCCGAAACAAGCACAAGAUUAAUGUUCAAGGUACAGAUCUUCCUGAACCAAUUGCCACAUUUGAGCAACUUCAAAAGGAGUAUAAAAUCCACCCUAAAAUAAUGCAGAACAUUGAAUCUGCUGGCUUCCAGGUCCCCACGCCAAUUCAGAUGCAAGCCAUUCCUGUCAUGCUUCAUGGUCGGGAACUCCUGGCUUCAGCUCCUACUGGAUCUGGGAAGACCUUGGCUUUUAGCAUUCCUAUCUUAACACAUCUGAAACAGCCCAUGAACAAAGGAUUUAGGGCACUGAUCAUCUCUCCUACUAGAGAACUUGCUGGUCAGACACACAGAGAGCUAGUAAAGUUGUCUGAGGGAACAGGCUUCAGAAUACAUAUGAUCCAUAAAGCAGCUGAAGCAGCCAAGAAGUUUGGGCCCAAAUCGUCUCAGAAGUUUGAUGUGCUAGUGACCACUCCAAAUAGACUCAUUUAUUUACUAAAACAAGAUCCUCCGGCAAUAGAUUUGACCAGGGUUGAGUGGUUGGUGGUGGAUGAGUCGGACAAACUCUUCGAAGAUGGGAAGUCAGGGUUCCGUGACCAGCUGGCCUCCAUCUUCCUGGCUUGCACAUCUCAUAUCAUCAAAAGAGCGAUGUUCAGUGCAACUUUUGCACACGAUGUAGAGCAGUGGUGUAAACUCAACCUGGAUAAUGUCAUUUUGGUGUCAGUUGGAGCAAGAAACUCUGCAGCAGAGACAGUGGAACAGGAGCUCUUGUUUGUUGGAUCGGAGACAGGAAAGCUGCUGGCAAUGCGAGAGCUGGUUAAAAAGGGUUUCACGCCUCCCGUACUUGUUUUUGUGCAGUCCAUCGAAAGGGCUAAAGAGCUUUUCCAUGAGCUUAUUUACGAAGGUAUCAAUGUGGAUGUUAUCCAUGCUGACAAAACACAGCAGCAGAGAGAUAACAUAGUGCACAGUUUUAGAGCUGGAAAGAUUUGGGUGCUUCUAUGCACGGCCUUGCUGGCCCGAGGGAUUGACUUCAAAGGAGUGAAUAUGGUCAUUAACUAUGACUUCCCAACCAGUGCUGUGGAAUAUAUUCACAGGAUAGGUCGGACUGGGAGAGCAGGACAUACAGGAAAAGCACUCACUUUCUUUACUGAAGAUGACAAACCUUUAUUACGAAGUGUAGCUAGUGUUAUUCAGCGGGCUGGCUGUCCCGUGCCAGAAUAUAUAAAACACUUCCGUAAACUGCAAAGCAAACAAAAGAAGAAAUUUAUUAAGAAGCCACUGGAAAGGGAGCACAUUCGUACCAUGCCUCAGUACUUCUUAGAAAAAGGAAAAAGCAAAAAGAAAAUUAUCCAGAAAAAUACUAAGGAAAAGAAGAAAGCUAAAGCAUCCAAAGAAAAUGCUCAAUUGCAGACUGCUCCAGAAAGUUGAUGGCUUUUGAGUGCUGACAAACAAACUGGACUGGAACCAAGCUAGACAAAUAUAUUGUAUAAAUACUUGAAAAUGGAAAGUCCAAGAUGACAACAAAGGACAAAGGAAGAGAGAGCAAAACUUCCUUUUUCUAACUCUUCCAUAUGGAGCAGUGGACACUAACAUGCAAAAAAAAAAAAAAAGUCACUGUUGAGGGAAAAAAAAUGCUACAUGUGCUUCUUAUAGAAGCUCAAGAUCAUGCUCUUGCAGUGAGACACCCCAGGCUUCUAAGGAAUGGUUCACAAAUAGCAUCUGUUUUGCUUAAAGUUCAGUACCACUUUUUGGAAUAGCUGAGAUAUACAACUGGCCCAUGAGUAUCUUCUGAAGUCGGGAUGAAAAGUGUUUACAUAUGCAAGAUCUGAGAAUGCACAGGUUUUAUUAUAGUGCUGAGCUAGUCCAGCUGUUCUUAAAGACUGUUCUAUUCCUUUUCUGUGAUUUUUUUUUUAAUUUGUUUUAUUUUUUUGUUUAAGAUCUACCCCUGCAACUAGAUUCUUUUUGCUGUAUAAAUCAAUUUGAAUAAUGAAUUCAUGACUUCAUUUUCAGCAAGAAUGGGUCAUAGAAGUGUUUUGGGUUUUUCAUAUAAAAUGCAUCAAAAGUUAGUAAAAUCACCCUUGAAAUCUUAUUAUGGGGUUAAAGGUAAACCUCAAAGCAAAAUAAACUGAGGCGAAUUCUAAGACCAGAGAUUCUUCAGUCUCUUGUAUUUCUUGGAGGACUGCUUUCCAGUUGCUGUUUCUAUGCUUGUGCUAUGCAUAAGGAACACAUUCCACACUUUUUAUUGUUUCUUCACUUCUUAAGCCCACUCUAUUUGGACAUAGCUUCCUUACCAGAUAAUUUUAACAAUGCAAGGGCAACUUCUCUUCUCCAAGGAUAAUCUUUUUCUAAGUGGCCGUUCCUGUUGCUUGGUACCCAUUUUGAAAUGUGUGCUCAUCGAGUCCCACUUCCUCAAGACUUGGUUACCUUCAGUCCAUUUUGCAAAUGGAUCCCAGUUUUACAUAAAUCAUUUACUACAGGCUGCUCUCUGUGUUUCUGUUCUGUUGAAGGCUGUAGAGACAUUUUCUAAGUUUGCCUUACUUUACAAAAAUCAAACUGAUCCAGGAUCACUUCAGAUGUCUGAUUAUUCUUAAGUUAUUUGGCAAGGUUGCUUUACUAGGUUUGUGAAAAUUAUGCAUUUAAUUAGGAUUAUGUAGAGAAGUGUCAUAUUCUGAAAUCUUAUUAAAAUAAGAAUUUGUGUAUGCAGUUCUCGCUCAAAUUGCCCAGUACUAUGACAAAAAAUGCAUUAGCGUUCCUUCCCGCUACAUUUCAAGUCCUUGCUGCAAUUGUGGAGAAUCUUGAGUUCUCAAACACCAGCUGGAAGACUAUAAUGGAAACAUUUAACAGUUUUAAAUGCAGGGUUUACCACUGCUUCCCUCCUCAUAGCAAUAACAAGCUGUAACUGUCAGUGUGCUAAUUAAUAUGCAGUGUGCUGUAUAAUAGGCGUGUGACCAGGAGGAAACGAUUAGCUCGCCAAUUUUAAAUUCUUAGCCUUGCAAACUGUGUCAAUAAAUUAAUGUCUGCAAAGAGCAGACUGUGUACAUUAGUUUUUAAGGACUUAGGUGCAAGAUCCAUCUAGCUGGAGAACUGCCUAGAACUCAGUUGAGCUACUGUAGUAGGAAUGUGAGGCCUAACUUGGAUUUCUGAAAGCCCAGAUAAUUAACUGCUAUCACUGGACCACUGAGCAACAUAAAGCAGCAGUACCCGUCAGAAGGAACCGUUGUAUUAAAAGCUGAUAGAUAUCAUACAAAACUUCUUAAACUUGGCAGAUGGCAAACAGCAUAUAGAAACUCUCCAGAAUGUCCAUGUUUCUUAAUAUGCCUUAGCCAGCUCUUUGCUGGUGUCAUUGAGAGAGAGAGACAAGCUGCUCUGCUGCAGCUGCAUCAUUAGCUAGCAGCUCACAAUCUACCUAAUCACAAGGAGUGCUUUUGCAUGAUGAUGAUUAGGAUUUUGUGGGCUGACAAUUAGUGUAAAGGUGAUGCUCUGGUACCUCUGGAAGUGGGAUAAAUAGCAAAUUGGCAGAAUCAUAAGGGAGAUUAAUUUUGCAGUCAUAUGCUACGUUGUAUAAGGACUGUUGCUUUUCCUGUUAUGGGAGGGGAUGGUGUCUAGAUUACAGCAGGAUCCCAGCAGCAGGUCUGGAUGCAUAUUGCAGCCCAUUAAUGAACAUCCCCUGUAGUAGCUGCAGUUCCUAGAAGCACACAAAUAGCCUGGGAAAUGGUAUAGGUGGUGUCUGGUUAACAAACUUUACCCCUCGUGCUGUCAUUUCCUGAAAUGAAAAAAGAUUCCCCAUGUUUUUAACUAAUAAAGUUGUGUCCUAGAGCUUCAAGCAGCCAAGAGAACAGCUAGCUUUGAUAUGGCUACCAGGAUAUAAAACGUUUCCCUUUAUGUGUUGCCAUUUGAAAUCUAGAUGGGAUCAGAAGUGGUUCUUUCUGGUCUACUUAGUAAGCUAACAGUUGCAACCAGUUCUUAGUUGGACAGCUGUAUACAUCGCCAAAAAACCUCAAACCUGUAACUGCUUUUCUCCCAACAGAGGUUGAGGAUUGUACUGGCUACUACUACCAAACUGGUUUCUCCAGAUCAGAGAUGAAAGAAAGACAUUUGCUUUCCCACAUGAAAGGAGCGUUCAUUUCGCUGAUGCGAAGAGGACAGGACUCCAAAUGGAAACAAGCUUUAUCUCAAGCUUUUGCUUAUAGCUUUAGGCUUCUGACAUCUGCAAUACUGUACUUUUAAAAUAAGUUGCAGAUCUCUGGAGGAAAUGUGGUACUUGAAAAGUCGGACUCAAUAAAUGUCAAAGGAUUAACAUGAAGGAGCCACGAAGAAAAAAACUAUGAAACUAGCAACGUGCUCAAGUCUCUGAUGGAGCAAAAUGAUUGUUUUUGGAGCUUAGAAUAAAUGUCUGAUAGUGUGAA